GUAUCGGCGAUGCGGCGAGAUCCUCCGACCCCAUCUACUCGGACCCCAUAUAUGAGGCCUCUAGUGCUCCUCCUCAAAGUUUGAUGAUCUCGUUUAUUCCCCAACAUCGCCCACAGUUCUGUUGCCCAGCGGCGCGCGACCCCAUGGCCGAGGACGCCAUCAACCUGAUGCAGGACCGCUUCGGGGUCCUGCGCGACGAGCGGCUCAAGCGCGUCAGGCGCAUGACCACGGAGAUCGUCACGGCAAUCGUGAACAAACAGACGGCCACUGACGACGACGGCAAGAAGGCCAAGGCCAAGCCCAAAGCCAAGCCUGGGUAUUCGAUGGGCCAGGCUGAGGUGAAGAGGCAGAUGGGCUGUAAGGACACCGGAGACAAGGGCAUUGCGCAGAUGAAAGACGUGAACGACGACAUCGCCUGGGCCUGCGGGGUCCUGGCGCCCCUGGGCGUGCGGAAGGACAUGACCCUGGUGAUCCAGCCCCCGCCCCGCCUGGCCAUGCCGGUGCUGCGGGGCCUGCAAGAGGCAUCUGCGGCCGAGGGCGGGGAGAAGCUGGUGAGGGAUGCGCUGAAGGAGCCCGACCUGGGCCUGGGCAAGCUCGUUAACGGCCUCCGCCGUCACGCCAACCCAGAGGUGGCGGCCAUCUCCAAGGAGAGCUGCUGGACUCGUGGAGGAAGCUCUGCACUAAGAAGCCGCGCAGCAGCGAAGCUGGCCCCGCGUAGAACAUCCUGAGCUGCCCCGCCUCCUCCCCGCCCUCGCCCUGGCACUCCUGCUCUCGGCCCCACUCUUCCUCUCCUGCGCGACUCCCGCCCCACUCUCGCGGCCGUGGGGGCGCUCUCAGCUGGGCGCGGCCCUCCUCCCGACUGCGUGCAACCGCCCCGCCAGGUGCUUUGCUGGUGGAGGGUGUUUUUUUUCCUCUGGUCGCGCAGGGCAGGCAGACGGCGAGGGGGCGGGGACUCAUCGGCAGGG